UGGUUUUUAUUUUACCCGGAUAAUACUUUUGCACCCAUCUAUUUUGGCACCAUGAGAUUUAGCCUCAAAAUGCAGCCCGAAUUAUGGGCGCUAUAGUUUAUUGCCCGAGGGUAAAGUAUGGAAUACUGUCGUUAUAUUAUAUUGGUCUAUCGGGCUUAAGUGGCCAACGGUUAUUACGCUUCUUACUAAAAAUCUAGCGUGCUAGUUAUGUAGCUUAUCUGAAAAGUAACACAUGGAAAAAUACCUGAGUGUUGGCGUGUGUGUAAGCAGAGUUGUAGCUUCAUUUCUUUGUUUCCUCAAAACUCUCGAGAGCAACAAAAUGUCUCGACAUCGUAAAUUUUUUUUACAAUUUCGUCCAAAAAAAUUCUCUCGGUAGCUUGGCUUUUUACGGUCUAAAAAAAUUUCAAUUAUUGCUUAAAUUAUUUCUACUAAUAAAGUGAACAUUUAGUUUGUUCUGUGUAGUUAUAUGGCGUCCUUGGCAGCUCACUUUCUUUUCUCCCAAGUGUACUAACUGUACAAAAAACUUGGAAACGAAUUUAUUAUUAUUGAGUCCAAUUCUCAACACCCCCCUCCCCCUCGUUCUCUCUGGCUACAGCUCUGUCGAUGGACCCGGGCAGUCUGAUCGUGUUUCUGGCGGUGGUUCUCCACCUGGCCGCUUUCGUCCUGGACUGGUUUCUCUUCCUCUUAGUCGUCAAGUCGCCAGCCGCAAGAGGGACAUCUACGGGCUCCUUCUUAGUCUGCAACUAUAUUUUGACUGACGUUUGGAAACUACUCAUGUCAAUUCUUCACGACUCGAACCACUUUCUCCGCCAAUCACAGUCCGACAUUUGGAUCCUUCCUUUUAUGGCGCCUAUUUUUACCUACUUGGCACUUCCAAUGCUCCUCCUGAACUCCUUGUCACAAAUCAAGAACCCGAUGUUCUACUUGCAGUUCCAGAAGAACCUCAUGCGCUUCGCCACUCUGUUCGUCUGGCUCCUGGGAUCCGGAUGGUGUGCGAUUCUAGUGGCAUGCUAUCUGGCGGAUCUGGACGGGAAGAGACCAUUCAGCCAGUUUAUGGUCGUCAUCCACUCACUUUCAGUCGCAUUUUGCGUCUUCAUUGUCUUCGACAUGACUUUCCAUAAAUGGAAGGGAAGACGAAGAGUGCACCACCAAUCACAGCCCUUAUGCUACCACUGUGUGACAUCACGUCCUGCGACUCCCUCGUCAGCCAAUCAGAGACCACUGAUGCUCGUGUCUUCCAUAUGCACCAACUCCGCGACCAAUCAGCUUUCGACAAUCGAGAGCAACAGUUUUCCAUUGGACCCGAUUAUUGGCCAAGUUGAUCUGAUACCCGAUUUUAUUCUGCUAAUCACCUCAUCGGUUUUGCUGACGCUGCCCAUAAAUUUCAUGAUUCUUUGCUCCCAAAAUGGAUACAGAAUGAAUCCACUAACUAAUGUGACCUUGACCUUUUUGUACUUGAACCCGCUCUGCUCCAUCGUCGGAGUGAUUUUAUACACAGCUUUGAAAUUUGACACGCUCACUAACUUCGCCAAUUAGAAACUUUCAAAUUAUUUAGAAUAAAAUAUGCAAAUUGCGACAAAAUUAAAA